CCUGUAAACAAAUCGUGCAACCUGUUUUUAUCAUUUUCUUUCAUUUAUCAUAAUGAGUUCAUCAAAAAGUAAUGACAGUGGAGGAAAGAAUGAAAGUAAACCAUCCCCUCUUGGUCUAAUUACAGAAAAACAACGACCAGUUUCAGUAAAAUCUGUUAAGGUGGAUGUACACAUAACUGGUUAUGUGGCUGAAGUUUCAUCCAGAUUGACAUAUAUCAAUAAAGAGAAGACACCAGUUGAUACAGUUUUCACAUUCCCAGCCAAUGAUGGAAGUGCAGUGUUUCUGCUUGAAGCUGAUAUUGGCAAAUGUCAUAUUGUGGCUGAUGUGCAGAGAAAAGAACAG